AUGGGGAGUCUCAAUACUGAGACUGGUAACAGCAUAAAGACUGAGAUGGGCAACCUGAAAGUUUCAGUUGGGAGUCUAAAGAGUGACAAAUCUUACACCACACAAGAACCCAUAUCACCAAAUGAGUCUGUUUCCGAGUUAAAGAAGAAUUCUUCAUUAUCUGACUUUGAAACUCCCAGUUGCUUGACACAAACUAGUCUAAAUAGUUUAACCCCAGCAACAAGCCUAACUAGUUUGACCCCAGGAACAAGCUUAACCAGCUUGACUCCAACAAGUUUGAGUAUUCCAGAACUCAAAUUUGAAGUGGAUGGAGAUGUUGAAAUUCAAUCCCCCGAUUUUUCAAUGUGGGACUCUAUUUUCUCAGAUCAAUUGGAAGGUGAUUUCAUGAUUUCCUCUCCAGUGAGGAACAUAAACUCACCACAGGCAACCAAAUUUCACAACGUUAAUUCCAACUAUGCUCAUGCAAUACACGGUUCGAGUCUUAUGGGGUGGUCUCCUCCACGCGUACCAUCUCCUCUCGGACCUCAAAGCGCCAGUUUGCAGAAAGGCAAGGGACUGAGCCCUCUUCACAGGGUUUUUAACUCUCCAAACAACCAAUUCAUGCAGGUGGAGAACUUUUCACUGCCUGCUCUAGAGAGCCUAUUAGAAGAUAAUAUCUAUGAAAAGGAUGAUGACUUCGUUGUAUUCUCCCCUAUGAAGAUUACCGAAGGAGAAACUUCUUCUGAUUGUUUUGAUGCACUUACAAGCGUUCCAGAAUUGUUAGACUGCUUAACACUGCCAAACUCGACUAGAUUUUGUGGAUCUGUAGUGAACGACACAACUGUCCAUGGAUGCAAUGACAUUUAUCAGGCAGGAUCUAUUCCACCUGUACAAUUAUCACAACAAUUACGAGAGGAAAGGCAGCACGAAGAGCAUCAGCGACAGCAGCAAGAACAUGCACUGCCAUCGCAGAGAACUCAAAGACAACUGCAUCAGCAACAGCAACAAAAUCAACUGCAAAAUUUACACAACUUUGUAGUGCCUAUUUCUAUUGGACCUGAGCAGGAACAGGACAGUGGGCUACAACUUGUGCAUCUACUUCUUGCUUGUGCCGAAGCAGUAUCCAAGGAGGAGUAUAUGUUAGCUAGGAGGUAUCUCCACAUUCUGAACCGAGUGGUUUCGCCCCUCGGUGACUCCAUGCAACGCGUUGCAGCUUGCUUCACCGAAGCCUUAAGUGGAAGACUCGCAUCAAUCCUAACAAAUAAACCUAGCACCUCCAAUCCAAAACCCUUCAACCCUUUUCCCCCCAACUCAGUAGAAAUCCUCAAGAUUUAUCAGAUUCUGUAUCAAGCCUGUCCCUACAUUAAAUUUGCCCAUUUCACUGCAAAUCAAGCAAUAUUUGAAGCAUUUGAGGCUGAAGAGCGUGUCCAUGUCAUCGAUCUCGAUAUCCUUCAGGGGUACCAAUGGCCUGCCUUCAUUCAAGCCCUAGCUGCCAGGCCCGGCGGUGCCCCGUUUCUCCGUAUCACUGGAGUUGGACACGACCCCGAGGCAGUGAGAGAAACCGGUAGAUGUUUAACCGAACUAGCUCACUCCCUUCACGUUCCAUUUGAAUUCCAUCCUGUUGGUGAGCAACUUGAAGACCUAAGACCACACAUGUUCAACAGAAGGGUUGGAGAAGCUCUGGCUGUUAACUCAGUUAACCGGCUCCAUCGCGUUCCCGGCCAUGCUCUUGGAAAUCUUUUAGCCUUGAUCAGAGAUCAAGCACCAAAUAUAGUCACCAUAGUUGAACAAGAAGCAAGCCACAACGGGCCUUACUUCUUAGGCCGAUUCCUAGAGGCGUUGCACUGUUAUUCGGCAAUAUUUGACUCAUUGGAUGCAACCUUCCCACCGGAUUCCUUGCAGAGGGCGAAGGUGGAGCAACACAUAUUCGCGCCAGAGAUUUGGAACAUUGUGGCAUGUGAGGGUCCAGAGAGAGUAAUGAGGCAUGAAAGGCUCGAAAAAUGGAGGAAACUGAUGGAAGGAAAGGGAUUCGAAGGGGUACCACUGAGUGAAAAUGCAGUGACUCAAUCAAAAAUACUAUUGGGAUUGUAUUCUUGUGAUGGAUAUAGAUUAACAGAAGACAAGGGUUCCUUGCUCUUGGGUUGGCAGGAUAGAGCUAUUCUGGCUGCUUCUGCAUGGAGAUGCUAAUUCAU